AUGAUCACAGAUGACGAGGACUCUGACGGAUCAGUCAAGGAUAUACCGAAUGGCAAACUUGAAAGCCACACUCCUUUAUUCUCCUCAGCAGGGCAGACUCCUGACCUGACUCGAGACAAUUCUGUCAUCUCUAUCUCGUCUCCGCGCCCGAACGUGCAGAGACAAUCCUCCCUCUCCCAACAUCGUCCCGAUGGAACUCCGAGAACCACGAAUCGAGUCCGCUUUGACAUCGACCAUGGGCAGAAUGGACAGCCACCUGAGGGGUGGGUGGACGAGGAAGACUACCUGGACUCUCCUUCAAGCCCGAAUGCACCGUUGCUCACCGAGAUUACUCCUCCUGCAGAGUCACCCUUUCUGGCGGAGUCUUUUCAGCCUGAAGACCAUCUGCCAGAUGCUCGCCCAAAAAGUGGGAUGCGCAGUGCGUUCAUGAAUAUGGCAAACUCGAUAAUUGGCGCAGGAAUCAUUGGUCAACCGUACGCAUUCCGCCAGGCUGGUAUGACUAUGGGGAUCAUUCUACUCGUUGGGCUUACGAUCACGGUUGACUGGACAAUCCGUCUGAUUGUCAUCAACAGCAAGUUGUCCGGUGCAGACUCGUUUCAGGCGACCAUGCAGCAUUGUUUCGGCAAGAGUGGGCUCAUAGCUAUAUCUAUUGCGCAAUGGGCAUUUGCUUUCGGAGGAAUGAUAGCUUUUUGCAUCAUCGUGGGCGACACUAUCCCUCACGUCCUCGCAGCGCUGGUUCCGGGACUCGCAAACAUACCGUUCCUGUGGCUUCUGACAGACAGGAGAGCUGUCAUAAUACUGUUUAUUCUGGCAGUUAGCUGGCCUCUGAGUUUGUAUCGAGACAUUGCGAAGCUGGCAAAAGCAUCUACAUUGGCAUUGAUCAGUAUGAUUGUAAUCAUUGUGACUAUCGUCACUCAGGGGGCUUUCGUUGAUUCAGACCUUCGAGGCGACGUCCGAGGACUACUAUUUGUCAACGAUGGCUUCUUCCAAGCCGUUGGCGUCAUCUCCUUUGCUUUUGUCUGUCACCAUAAUUCCUUGUUGAUCUACGGCUCGCUCAAAACACCGACCUUGGACCGUUUUGCGACUGUCACCCAUUACAGUACCUUCAUCUCGCUGAUUGCAUGCCUGAUUAUGGCUCUGGCAGGGUUCCUCACCUUUGGCGACCGGACGAAGGGCAAUGUGUUGAACAAUUUCCCUGCUCAGGGACAUUUGAUCGUUCAGUUAGCUCGAUUGUGUUUUGGACUGAACAUGCUCACGACUCUACCGCUCGAGUGCUUUGUGUGCAGGGAAGUCAUGAACAACUAUUGGUUCCCGGAAGAGCCGUACCAGCCCAAUCGACAUCUGAUCUUCAGCAGUGCCUUGGUCGUCAGCGCAAUGGCCGUCAGCUUGGUGACCUGUGACCUGGGAGCGGUAUUUGAAUUGAUAGGUGCAACGAGUGCCUGUGCGCUUGCCUACAUAUUGCCGCCCUUGUGCUACAUCAAAUUGAGCACCCGAAGCUGGAAGACUAUACCUGCGGUUAUCUGCAUCGUGUUUGGAUUCGCUGUUAUGACCGUCAGUCUGAUACUGGCUAUGAAGAAGAUGAUCAAAAGUAAGUCCGAUUCUUCAUGUGGACCACAUUGCUAA